AUGUCCCCCCAACCUUCUUCAAUCACGGCCUUGUCUGCCCCAGGCAAGGUCUUGUUGACUGGCGGGUAUUUGGUUCUCGAUCGCGCAUACACCGGCACAGUCUUUGCGCUCGAUGCGCGCAUCCACGUUGUGGUCCAGCAGAAGAGAAGGGGUCACCGUCGGGGCCCAUCCACCGCCAGCGCAGAUGUGCGAUCAACAGCUCCCAGUGGCGAUGCGCAUGACAACAAAGCCGAAGAUGAAGUGGUAGAAGAGCAAGAUACCAUUGUGGUUGUUUCGCCGCAAUUCAAGGAUGCGAUCUGGGAGUAUGGUGUUCAACGAUGUGAGAACGGUGGAGGUGUGAAAGCGGUUCAGAAGAGCAAAGGACCUCGUAAUCCUUUCGUUGAGACCUCCUUGAGCUACGCCCUGACCUACAUCAGCUACGUUGCGGAUUCCAAGGACUUUGGAUCCCUGACAGUCACGAUUCUCGCAGACAACGACUAUUACUCGGAAACUGCCACUUCGAAAGACUGGUCCAUAAAGGCCCCAUCGGAGCGCUUCGUCCACUUUGGUGUUCCCUUGCUAGAAGCCCACAAGACGGGACUGGGCUCCUCGGCCGCCCUGGUCACGGCACUUGUGUCGGCGUUGGUGAUUCAUCGUACAAUGCAGGCAAGUGACCUUGCUGUCGGCCGAGAUAAGCUGCACAACCUGGCCCAAGCGGCGCACUGUGCCGCUCAGGGCAAAGUGGGAUCUGGGUUCGAUGUGGCUGCGGCAGUUUAUGGGUCCUGCCUCUACAAGCGUUUUUCGCCUGCAAUCCUCGAGUCUAUUGGGGACGUAGGCAGCAGUGGGUUUGACGAGCGAUUGUUCGCAAUUGUGGAGGACGUCGACCCCAAACAUCCCUGGGAUACCGAGUGCGUCGACUUUGGCAUGCAGCUGCCCCGAGGGAUGCAGAUGGUCCUCUGCGAUGUGGAGUGUGGCUCACAAACGCCCUCCAUGGUGAAGAAGGUUCUCGAGUGGAGGAAGAACAACCGCCAAGAGGCCGACAUUCUGUGGGGGACUCUCCAAAAUAACAAUGAGCGUCUCCGACAAGAACUGAAGCGUCUGGCCCAACACCCCGAUGCCAACGCGGACAACGAGUUCACAGAAGUUGGGGCCCUGCUCCAGCGUACCCGACACCUCAUCCGUGCCAUGACUCGCCAGACCGAGGUCCCUAUUGAGCCCCGUGUACAGACCGAGCUGCUGGACAGCUUGACAGAGAUCGAUGGAGUUAUUGGCGGUGUCGUUCCAGGUGCGGGUGGUUACGACGCCAUCGUUUUGCUGAUCCGAGACGAUCCGUCGGUCGUUACGCGGUUGAAUGAGCGGCUUGUAACCUAUGAAAGUGCCGUUGAAGACGACUUUGGUGGGAAAAUUGGCAAGGUCCGACUACUGGGUGUGCGACACGGUUCGGACGGCGUGAUGAAUGAGGAGUUGAAGCAAUACGCUGGCUGGGUGUGA